GUCCAAAGGAAGAGUCCGCUGUCCCUGGCACGGAGCCUGCUUCAACAUCAGCACUGGUGACAUAGAGGACUUUCCUGGCUUGGACAGCUUGCCCAGGUUCCAGGUGAAGAUCGAAAAGGAGAAGGUGUACAUCCGAGCGAGCAAGCAGGCUCUUCAGACACAGAGGAGGACAAAGAUGAUGGCAAAGUGCAUCUCCUUGAGCAACUAUAACCUGAGCAGUACCAACGUGCUGAUCAUCGGUGCAGGUGCAGCUGGAUUAGUCUGUGCAGAGACCUUGCGCCAGGAGGGUUUCUCAGACAGGAUUGUAAUGUGCACAAUGGACAGACACUUGCCCUAUGAUAGACCAAAGCUCAGUAAGUCAAUGGAUUCCCACCCGGAGCAGAUAGCCCUGCGCCCCAAGGAAUUUUUCCGCACAUACGACAUUGAAGUCCUGACUGAAAUGCAGGUUGCAGCUGUGGAUAUCAAGAACAAGAUAGCUGUGUUCAAGGAUGGAUUUAAGAUGGAAUAUAACAAACUGCUGAUAGCAACUGGAAACACACCCAAAGCUCUCAGCUGUAAAGGCAAGGAAGUGGAAAAUGUUUUCAACAUCCGAACACCAGAAGAUGCAAACCGGGUGGUGAAACUGGCCACCAGCAAGAAUGUGGUUAUAGUGGGUGCCUCCUUCCUUGGGAUGGAGGUGGCCGCCUACCUUGCAGAGAGGGCCCACUCGGUGUCCCUGGUCGAGCUGGAGGAAGUCCCCUUCAAGAAGUUCUUUGGGGAGAGGGUUGGCCGCGCUGUCAUGAAGAUGUUCGAGAACCACAGGGUGAAGUUCUACAUGCAGACUGAGGUGUCGGAGCUGCGGGAGCAGGAGAACAAGUUGAAGGAGGUGGUGCUGAAGAGUGGGAAGGUCCUACGUGCAGACGUUUGUGUCGUUGGUAUAGGUGCAGUGCCAGCAACGGGAUUUCUCAAGCAGAGUGGCAUCAACAUCGACUCCAAAGGCUUCAUUGUGGUCAACAAGAUGAUGCAGACCAACAUCCCCGGAGUGUUUGCAGCUGGUGACACUGUGAUGUUCCCGCUGGCCUUGAGGAACAACAAGAAAGUGAACGUUCCUCACUGGCAGAUGGCCCAUAUGCAUGGCCGUAUAGCAGCACUGAACAUGCUGGCCCAUGGCACGGAGAUCAGCACCAUCCCCUACCUGUGGACUGCUAUGUUUGGGAAGAGCAUUCGAUAUGCAGGCCACGGGGAAGGAUUUGAUGAUGUUGUGAUUCAAGGGGACUUAGAUGAACUGAAGUUCGUUGCAUUUUAUACCAAGAGUGACGAGGUGGUGGCUGUGGCCAGCAUGAACUACGAUCCCAUCGUCUCCAAGGUGGCUGAAGUCCUGGCUGCCGGCAGGACCAUCCGAAAGCGUGAUGUGGAGCUGUUUGUCCGUCAUGGCAAAACUGGCGAUAUGUCCUGGCUAACAGGGAAAGGCUCCUAACGCCAGACGUGGCUGCGUCCUCCUGAUGGCUGCGCUCACCACAAGAAGAAAGCUGCAGCUCCGUGGAGCACCUCAAACACUGCACCUGAAUCAUUUUCCUUUGGGACUCGGAGGAACCUGGCCUCUUUCACCCAGCAGUCACCUUCCCAGGUAGCUCCUGUGUGUGCAAACCGCCGGCUCCUUUGCCCCACCAGCCAGCGGGCCUGGGGGGUCCGCAGCUGAAAUUCACGCUGGGAAGUCAGGAAACAGAUCCUGGGGAUAGCAGGCGAGGCACCAGCAGCCAGCGUGGGCACCACACGGCUGGCAAGGAGCUGCUGCGAACUGCAGACACUGGUGUCAGGGGAGCCAGUGGGAGCUGCGUCUACGCUCGUCAAGGAGCACAAUGAGAGCCCCGAGCGCGUCUGUUGUCCCUGUUAAUAGCAUGAGUGCCUUUCAUUGCUCUCCGUGACCCAUACAUGCUCUCCAGCACCUUUCCCCUCCCCAAAUCCUCUUUCCUCCUAGCUCAGCGCAUCCCUGCGGAGGCCAGUACCCGCACCCUCUCUGCACACUGCAUGGCUGCAGCACUCACCCGUGGCUCUCCCCUGCCUGCAGCCAGUCCCUAGCCCUCAGGAGCACCCUGGGUGGCCUGGGGAGAUUUAGCAUGCGGAUGGCCUCAGGUUUCCCUCGCGUUCUGAAAGCCCCUGUUUGUGUUCUGGUUGUCCUCUGCUCUUUGUCAGGUGGUGACGAAGCCACCUGUGUCAUCUCAGCUCUCCGUGUCAGUGCUCUGCAGCUGUGUUUUACCCCUCAUGCUGGCAGAAAUGCCUCGUCUCUAGCUCAGGAGUGGGCCUGGCCAGUCCAGAGCCCCGUGUCUGUCAGCCAAGCAGAGCUGGUGGGGAGAUUCCCCAAGGAGAGCUUCCAGUGCUCUGUCCUGGGGGAGCUUUGUGUUAGGCCCAGCACGUUCCCUUCUCGUACAUCCAAGAAGCUUCUGAAUCUUCCCAUUAUGACACAGCACUGGACAAUAGGCUUAUUUUUAGUUCAUUUAUACCCUAAGCCUUGGUUAAAAAAAAUCACAGCUUCUUGUGAGGUUGCUUCCCAGCUGUUAACCAUGGCCUCAGCCUUCAUCCUGUGAUCUCUGCCCAGGCCUUUGCUUGCAUUACAAGCUGGUUGCUGGGGUGAGCAUUGCUUCUUGAUGUCUUGGCGUUCACGCCUCUCUUUGCUCCUUUGUACAGCUUCCCAAGGAGGCUGUGGCAACACCUUUGGGGUACGGUGCACAUACCUGGAGGCCCUUCUGCUUUUCUGAAGUGGCUCUGAUGUGCAGUGUUACAGGUUGUGGCUAGCACCCUCCCCAAGACAGUGGAGUGUGUGUCCUCACCAGUAGCAUCUCCAGAUGUCCUGUCCAGGUAUGGCCAAAUAGACCAAAAGGACCUUGUGGGUAUUUCUUCUCAUCCAUCAUCCUCCCUUAGUUCACCAUCCUUAUCCAGCAACAGACCAACACUUAACAGCAUGAUGUAUUUUUUCCAUACCUGGUCUGAUUGCCUGUGAAGUCCAUUUAGUGUAGGAUUUUUUUAAUUUUUUUAAUUUUUUUCAUUUUUUAUUUUUUCCCAACGGUACUGUAAGAACAUGCAAGGAGCUGUCCUGAGUUGGAUCGUGAGAGCCAUGCCGGGGUGUUACCACAGAGUGGUUUGAGUUGGAAGGGACUUUAAAGAUUAUCUAGUCAGCACUAGCCCAUCACAGGUGCCCAGGACCAGGACCAAGGACCGAGCCCUUGAUCAGCAUGACCUAGUCAUGCACUGGCCUAAUCACAUUUUGCUCACCCCUUUCUUCUUGGCAGCCUGUGACAAUGAGCUCCACAGCUUCAUUUUGGCUUUAGCAAACAGAAGAAUUCCCUUUUUAUUUGGUUUCUCAUGUUCCUUGCCAGUGCCUGUUCCUUAACGACCACUUUUGCAAUAGUCUCAAUAUUUGCAGUAGCUCGGACAAGCACUGUCGGUGUCAGCAGAGGCUCUGUCUAAGGCACCUCCUGGGAUGGGUUGGAGGCUGAAGAUCAUGAGAGGAGCUGCUGCCUGUUGUGUAGGCCUAACCACGAAGGCCCCAGCACACCAUCCCUUUCCUCUGCCAUCCUGCUUUGGCUCAGCCACCCCCUUGGCACACACCACCUCCAACACGCUGCCCUUCCCAGGAGCCCUGAGCCACGGCGGUGCGGAGACCUGCGAGAGCCCCACUGUGCCAGGGACAGCCCAUCCCAGCGAAGGGUAAAAUGAGUCUGGGAGCUUGGAGACGCGAUUUUAUCAAUGCCAUCUUGGCCACCACGGAGCUGGUGAUCCACUGGAAACAUGGGUGGGUGCUGGCAAGGAGCGGCCCCAGCUGUGACAGCCCUUCUGCAGGGAAGGGGUUCACGGUAUGGGGCACAUCCUCAUCUUUCACGGGCAUCCUCGUCUGUCAGGGAAAUUAAAGCAAUAAUGAUGCUGAUACAAUGCAGCUGGGAGAGGGUGCCGAAGAGCAGAGCGCUGUGCGGGGCGCAUGGGGAGGUCACGUCCCUGUCACGGUGGUGGAGGGAUGGGCACCGCCUGCUGCUGCCCGCACAAGCUGCUACGGAAGGGAGAUGCUCUGUACCCUUGGGCUCCUGUGUGGGUGACCGGGAGCUCUCACCAUGGCAAUAAAUGCCCUUCCCCAGCCA